UCUGAUUCUUCUUUUCAGAUCUGUGAAUCACUGACAAGCACAUCUCCUCCUCCUCCUCCUCCUCCUCCUUCUAUUACCCAGGGACUGACGGCACUGAAACCUGCAGCUCUGGAGCAUCAAGGCUACUGAUGGAUGAACUGAGACUUGUGUGCUUCAGGCAGAGCUACACAGUUGCCCCUCUCCGAUUUUCUCUUUCCCAAAUGAAGCAAAGGAUUUUGGAGUCUUGCUUUAACUCGGCACCAUGAUGACUAGAUCAUCCCUACAGCAAACAGGGCAUGGAGCCGUUCUUAGCUGACUUUCUCUUACAAGGAAAAGAUAAGACAAAUGACACAUUUCAAGUCCCACCGAGCGUCACUGUUGGAAAAGAGCAACAUCAAAUGUAAAUUUGAAUCUACUGAAGUGCCUUAUAGUGACAACCGAUGUGAGCAGCUGUGAGCUCCAAGGUUUGGAAGAUGACAAAUUAGUUCACUAAACUGUUCUGAAACUGCAGAUAGAACAUGUUGCCAAAUAAUACUUCUACAAACGGAAUGGGACCACUUGACAACAUGCCAGAGUCUAUUUGGGGUAACAACACUCUCAACGGCACUUCUGCAGACUCGCCUGGGAUUGCUAUCUUUAUCUCUUUUGUGUACUCCUUAGUGUGUAUCAUAGGAUUAUGUGGCAAUUCAGUGGUGAUCUAUGUUAUCCUGCGCUAUGCCAAAAUGAAAACUGCCACCAAUAUCUACAUUCUGAAUCUUGCCAUUGCUGAUGAACUCCUUAUGCUGAGUGUCCCUUUCCUGGUGACUUCUACUCUUCUCCGUCACUGGCCUUUCGGCUCUCUGCUCUGUAGGCUGGUGCUCAGCUUGGAUGCUAUGAAUAUGUUCACCAGUGUCUACUGCCUUGCUGUGCUCAGUUUGGAUCGCUAUGUAGCUGUGGUACAUCCUAUCAGCGCUGCCCGAUACAGGCGGCCAAGUGUCGCCAAGAUGGUCAAUCUUGGAGUAUGGCUCUUUUCAAUCCUCAUUAUCCUUCCCAUUGUAGUCUUCUCCAGCACUGCACCUAACAGCGAUGGCACUGUGGCUUGUAAUGUGUUAAUGCCUGAACCGUCACAACGCUGGGUUGUUGUAUUUGUGCUGUACACGUUUUUGAUGGGCUUUCUCCUACCAAUGGCUGCUAUAUGUCUCUGCUAUAUCCUCAUCAUCACGAAGAUGAGAGUAGUAGCCCUCAAGGCUGGUUGGCAACAGAGACGUAAAUCUGAACGUAAACUCACACUUAUGGUGACUGUGGUGGUGACCGUUUUUGUAGUAUGCUGGAUGCCCUUUUAUGUGGUUCAGCUAGUGGGAGUUUUUGCAAGGAAAGGUGACACCACAGUUAGCCAGCUUUCCGUUGCACUUGGUUAUGCAAAUAGUUGUGCCAACCCAUUCCUCUAUGGAUUUCUCUCAGACAAUUUUAAACGAUCUUUCCAGAAGGUGCUCUGCCUGAGCUGGAUGGAGAAUGCCAAUGAAGAGCCGGUGGAUUAUUAUGCUACUGCUUUGAAAAGUAGAGCAUAUAGUGCUGAGGAGCUGCAGAAUGGCAUGUUGACUACAGGAGGUAUAUACAGCAAUGGUACUUGUACAUCUAGAACUCAUUAAUUCAUUUACCUGGACACACAAGGAUUGAUAUCUACUUCUAAGUAGAACACAAUGCACUGCCAAUGAUCUGGUAACAAGGGCAACGUUUCCCUCAAUACAGUAUCCAAUAGCUGUUGCCAACAACUAACCUUCAAGGGCCAAUAACUAGUCACACACAUAGAUCCAAAUGAGCACAUUUUUGGUUAGUGGAUCUAUCCUAGGGGUUGAUCCCGAUAGGCUUAUAUGAACAUUUAUCCCUUGAGCCAACAACCAAAUCACAUAGAAGAGCAGAGUCCGUUGAGGGCUGAACUGCACCAAUGCUUGGGUUGCAGGAUUUUGCCCGGGGCUUUAUUAAAUAUUGAGCAGGUAAGAGUUCAUUUUGGUUCCUUACACCAGCCAAUAUGUAUGAUGUCUGAUCAUAUAUAGGGAUCUAAAGGCUGUUUUAAAAUUUCGUGCUGUAUUUUAUUAUCAGGACUGAUACCUAUAUACAUUUGCUUCAACUUUUUCCAGGGAAAUCCCCAGUUGUACAUAUUGUGCAGAAUGUAGUAGAAUAGGCUAAUUCUGUAUCAGUCUAUUCAGAACCUCAUUGUGGUGUCAGUACAGGCCUUACCACUCCUUCAGUCAGUGCAUGGCAUUGGGAAUCAGAAUCUUGGGGUGCUAUGUGUAGUAUUAUUAAAGGUAAAUGUUGUCAGUGGAUCAAAUUGCGGUUUAUUUUCUCCCAGCAUUAUUAUUUUGGGGUUAGGAGUAGAGUUAUAUCUCUAUUUAUUCAAUGUUUUUUAUACGUUGCAGAGAAUUUUAAGAUACAAUGAAUAAAAUGAAUUUAUUUCUGUUUGUUCCCAAUCUCUGCUCUCUGCUUUGGUUAUUUUACUGACAAUAUGAUGUGUUUAUAUGAUUGGUUUUUUUUUCAGAAAUGAUGAACAGGGAUUAUGAUGAACUUUGUAUUUAUGAAGCAUUGUAUUUCUUUGUCUUGUCUAAUAAAACUAAGUCAACAACAGGAA